AUGUCGGAUUACGAAAUUUCUCCAAGAGAUUACGAUGAAAUAACUGACACGUUGAACAUUUUUUGUCAAACGUAUCCAGAUUUCAUUAAGAAAUACCCGUAUAUAUUCGACAAUGAAGGUCGUAUUGAUAAAUCAGUUCGCAUUGACAAAAAAGUGGGAAAAGAGGCCAUUAAAUUACAUAGACUUGCUUCCUCUCUCCUCGAUGAAUGUAAAUACGAUGAAUCUGAUAGUUUCAGAAAAGAGGCAUACACAUUAUUUUGUGAAAGUAAAUCUUAUUAUUGGAUAGGAUAUUAUCGUGAAAUUGGAUACGAAUUCUGUAAAGCUGAUAAAGAAGUAGCAAUAAUAUUCUUUAUGCUUUCUAGUUAUAUUCAAAAUGACUAUCGUGGUAUGGACGAAUAUACCCCUGUACUUUUACAUAAAAUAACCGAUGAAGAAGAUGAAUCGAAAAAACAACCUCUUAUUACCAAGGCUAUGGCAUUACUUACAAGAGCUGCUUACAAAAAAAUUCCUACAGCACAAUGUAAACUCGGAUAUAUCUAUUAUCAUGGGAAAAUGGGAUAUGAAAAAGAUAUAUUCCUCGCUGAAGUUUACUUAAGACUUGUCUUAACCAAUAUUAACAGCAAUUAUGACGAUAUUACGAGAUCUUUUAAAUUACUAAGGGAAAUAAAUCCUAAUUUAAAUAUAGAUGAUUAUAUUUUGGUCAAAUCUAAAAACAAACUCUCAUCCGAUACUUGCAUGAAAUCCUUUUCUAAUUCAUUCCCAAAUAUCUCGAAAACGCACCCAUACUUUAAUAAUUUAGGUAAAACUAAAUGGGUUACAUCAUUUCGAAGUGAAAUGCGCGAUCAAUCUAUCCUGUUGUAUUUAGAAUCUCGAGACUUAUCUAAAAGAACAUAUGAAAAAGAAUCAGACAAUGUUAUGGAAAAGGUAUAUAAAAUGUUUAAAGACAAUGAUGAUUUCUUCUGGUUAUGUGGUUUAUACGCAGACGGAUUCAUUGAAAUACCAAAUAAUGAACAAAUAGCACAAGGAUUUUUGACACUAUCCGCUUAUGUUCAAGAAGAUCCCGAAGGAAUGGUCAAAUAUGCCCGUGAAUUAUUGAAACAAAGUGAAUAUAUAAACAUAUCACAACAAAAUAUUAUGAUAAAAGAGGCCAUCCGUCUUCUAGAGUUAUCUGCUAUAAAGGGAAACGUAAAGGCUGCUUAUAUUUUAGGAAAAAUAUAUCUCAAUGGAUUAUAUAUUCAGGAUAAAGACACGGAUAAAGCUAUCAGUCGUUUAAAAUACGCAGCAAAUAAUAAAUAUAAAGGUGCUGAGUUACUGUUAAAUAAAGCUACCAAUAUUAAGAAAGGUCAUUUCUUUAAUCAAGAUGAAUUUAUAAAAAGAGUUAAUGAACAAUUUAAAAAUAAUAACAAAUAA